UUUUCAAGCCAGAAAUGAAAUAGAGUGUGGGAAGAGAAAAAAAGGAGCUAAUGUAUACCAUCAUAAAAUCUUACUCGUUGGCAUAUGAAAAGAUAUGAAUAGCAAAUCUAACUGCUACAAGCUGUGAACCUUUCUACACAUAUGAAAAGGCUGCACAGUUCUGGGUUAGAGGAUCUGAGAACUGGCUGGAAGGGACACAGGUCCACAGAAGACGUGAAAACUGGCUCGAAGAAACCCCAGUGAAUUGGACAUGAAAACUAGCGGGAAAGGUCACGUCCAGGGCUUGUUUCCCUACUGAGUCAACCUGUUUUCAACACAUCAGGUCGUGAUGUUUGGAGAUGGGAAAAACCUGGGGAAAGUCAUCUUUUUGACCAGGUUUUAGGCUCCUGCAAGUUAUUUGGAAGCUGUCAGAAUUUCAAGUGGAGGAUGGUAGUGCUCAACAGCCUGAGGGCCAUUCUUCAAGCAUCUUCAUGCAGAUGGCUGUGGCGAAGUUUCCAGAUUCCGAGGUCCACACCCGUGAGGCGCUGCAGCCUCUAUACCUGCACUUACAAAACCCGGAACCGGACCCUUCAUCCACUCUGGGAACGCGUGGACCUUGUUCCGGGGGGUGAUCGGCAAUCGCCCAUCAACAUCCGGUGGAGAGACAGUGUCUAUGAUCCUGGCUUAAAACCACUCACCAUCUCUUAUGACCCGACAACCUGCCUCCACAUCUGGAAUAAUGGGUACUCUUUCCUUGUGGAAUUUGAAGAUUCUGCAGAUAAAUCAGUGAUCGAGGGAGGACCCCUGGAACACAACUACCGACUGAAGCAGUUCCAUUUUCAUUGGGGGGCCAUUGAUGCCUGGGGCUCCGAGCACACUGUGGACAGCAAAUGCUACCCAGCAGAGCUGCAUUUGGUGCACUGGAAUGCAGUCAGGUUCGAAAGCUUCGAGGAUGCAGCACUGGAAGAAAAUGGUUUGGCUGUGAUAGGAGUGUUUUUAAAGCUUGGCAAACACCAUAAAGAGCUACAGAAAUUGGUAGAUACUUUGCCAUCAAUUAAGCAUAAGGAUGCCCUUGUGGAAUUUGGGUCGUUUGACCCUUCCUGCCUGAUGCCCACUUGCCCGGAUUACUGGACCUACUCGGGGUCUCUGACUACCCCGCCCCUCUCUGAGUCUGUCACCUGGAUCAUUAAGAAGCAGCCAGUAGAGGUGGAUCAUGAUCAGCUUGAGCAAUUUCGGACCCUGCUUUUCACUUCUGAGGGAGAGAAGGAGAAAAGAAUGGUGGACAACUUCCGCCCACUCCAGCCCCUGAUGAAUCGCACCGUCCGCUCAUCCUUCCGUCAUGAUUACGUGCUCAAUGUACAAGCCAAACCCAAGCCGGCCACCAACCAAGUGACCCCCUGAGACAUUCCUAUCUAGGCAGUAUUUUGUUAUAAUACAUUCUAACUUUUAAAAAAGAAUUAACUAGACUAUUUGAAACAUCUGCUUUUAAUAAGAUUUAUAGCUGUGUAUUGCUCGGCAUGGGAGUGCUUCAUCAGUCUUUGAAGAAAGCUAGUUGGUAAACAAAUGCUUUUUUUUUUUUCAUUUUGUUAUAGAGCACGUAUACUUGCUCGGGGAGAGAGAGAGAGAGAGAGAGAGAGAGAGAAGGAGGGAGAGAGAAAAAGCAUAUGGGGGGCAUACUGCAAUCCCUUCUCCUCCAUUCUCCUUUUGGGAUUUUUAGGUAUGCACACUUAUGUGCCUAGUCUGUUUCUCUAAUCCACUAGCUCUGGGGCUCAAAUCAUAUAAUUAGCCAUGGGGGAUCCAGCCACCUUAACCACCACACCACUGACUGCCCCCCAUAUUCUUACCUUUAUUGUUAGUGAUAUUUUUCACUGAAGAAUCAGCAAAAAAAAAAAGUUUCUGUGAUGGCAACUUGUUGUUUAUUAUAAUAUCUUUUUAUGUCUGACAUUUUGGGGCUACCUUUUAUCUUUAUUAAUUGGUGGUUCUAUAGAGUUAUAAGUAGGAAUUAUAAUCAAAAUGUUUAAUGAGUGGUAAGAGACAGACACUUAACCAUCCAGAACAUAGGCCUUUCAGAAAUAGUCAUAGGGCCCAGACUGGCACUUCCUGGGUAUACAUUGCCAUGGUUGUAGGUGUAUUUUAUUUAAAAACAUGAAUAUGUAUUAUUUUAAAAGGGCUUUUCAAUGUUUGCCCCAAUCUUUAAUUGUCAUUAUUAGUAUGUGAUAUGCUUACUUACUAUCAAUUUAUAAUGUAGAAAGUAUAUUUCAUAAUUAUAAGAAAAAAAUUUUUGCAAUGUCUGGAAAUCUUAUUGUAUUUAUAAAGAGCAGAUAUUUUACUUGAAGACUUGAGAAUAUAGAAAAUAUAUGAAGAACAUUUUAAAGAAAAUGCUUAAAGCACCUAGAAAUUAGAAUUCUUUCAUGAUACAUGUACAGAAAUAUUUUCAAAGAACUAGUAAUAUAAUAUCCAAUAAUUUACAGUAUUAUUUGGCAUUAUUUGUACACUAUUGCAUAGAAUAUAAUGAUAAUAUGUUUCACAAUGACAAAGCUACCUUGGCUUUUCUUGAAAACUGUUUGAAAUUUAUUUACCCAUUGGUCAAGGUUCUUUGUGAGGCAGGUGAUCUACUUAAACUCCCAAUUUAUACAGUGAUUUAGAAGACUUUUGUUGUGGUAAUAGGGAGAGAAACUUGUCAGAUAGACAAGUUUCUAGAUAAUUCUACAUAUUGAGGGAUCCAUGCUACUGUUGCUCUAGCUUAAAUUUAUUAGAAUGAUUCCAACUGCCUUUAAACCUAUGUUAAGAUUCAAUGCUAUAUCAAUAACUAGUAGUAUAUGCCAGUCAUCUGAUCUGCAAAAUAAAUAGAGUUGGAUGAGUAUACUUAACACUACUGAGCUGUGCACUUACAGAUGAUUAAGAUAGAAUGGAACUGCAUCAGACUUAAAAAUUCUGUGUGUAAAAGCAAUCAAUAAAGUGAAAAAGCAACCUACA